AUGUCGUCAUCCGAGUCAUCCGCAUCAUCGAUUCCUCCCCCAGACGAGAAGUCGGUGCCACAGGUUGAUAAUCUUAUCUCCUAUCUGUUGGGAGCCAAGCGGUCGCUCUCGUCGAUUAACCAUGUGUGGCGGGCCAACGAAAUUGUGACCGAGUCCCGUUCAGCGUUGGAGGAGAGCGUCAUUGUAUGCUCCCGGGCAGGGUUUCUACGCCGAGGCCUGAAUAAUCAGCUGCGGCUGCUAUACGACGUCCGCACCGAAGUGGAGGAAAUUUCAUACCGAGGUCGUGACGAGUUCUCGGCUGCCUUGAGAAAUCUGGAUGCAGCUGAUGCUCGUCUCAAAGAUACCCUGGAUCUACUGCGUGGGACAACUGUCCAUCCUUCAUUCCGGCCCGAGGAUGAAGCUCAGACGACUCUCCACGACUUUGUUGAUGAACGAGGAGUGGCAGAGCUGCAUGCGUCCUUGAAAGACUCCAUAGACCGUACUAACACAGCACGAGCAGAAUUGGACACAUCCAAUCGGGAGUUUGAUGACGAGCUUCAAGCCACCAGGCAGUCACUUCGCCAUUACCACUCAGCCACGAAAUUGGCCUCAUCCCGUGUUUCAAUCUCGUCAUCGUCUUCCUCUGCGUCGGAUUCUGGGUUACUCACCCUGUCGUCGAUGCCUGGUCAGAUCCAGUCAUUGGAGGCCAACGCCCAAGAAAUGGCCGGCCUCCUUGAAUCAUUGGUUCGUCAUUUUGACCUCUGUGUCACUGCAGUGAAACAUACCGAUGGCGGAGGAGCAGUCGCACGAUCUAUCACAGGGGAUAUGCCCCCGGGUGUGGACCGCAGCACCGACGGGAUGCCAAAUAUCGGGGCGGAAAUCAAUGCCAAUUUAAAUGCCCCCCUGGAUCCAAUGACGGAUGCUGAAUACCAGGAGAUGGUCACAGUCAUUAUCAAGGAUGCCCCUGAGGCAGAUGAUGUGGUAAUGGAAAUUCAAGAUCGUAUCGCCGAGAUGGAAUCCAUCUUCGAGCAGGUACAAGCACAGCGAGAUGUCCUGUGGGCUAUCUCCAAGGCUACCGUUGAAGUGAACACCCAUCUUUCUUCCCUGGCCUGCUCUCGUCUGCCUCGUUACAUCUCUCAGGCACACAAUUUCACCAGAGUAUGGCAUGAGGAAAAUGACCGAAUUAACAGUGGUCUUGCAGAACUUUCUGAUCUACAAUCUCUCUAUGAUGGCUUUCUCAAUGCCUAUGAUAACCUUUUGCUCGAGGUAGCCCGUCGAAGACAUGUUCGCCUAAGGGUGGAAAAGGUCCUCCGAGACACCCGGCACAAGCUGAACCAACUCCACGACGAAGACGCUUCCGCUCGAGAUGCUUUCCGUGUCGAUCAGGGUGAUUUUCUCCCUUCGGACAUCUGGCCUGGUGUUGGGCUAGCGCCCAUGCAGGUGCAGUUCCUUCGCUUACCAGGGGGUCACAUUGAUGGUUACCCUGCUCCAGAGGACACCACGGAGCAAUCAAGUGCUCAUGAGUUGGCCGUGGCUCCCAAAAUAGGAGAGCCAGAUUUCAGUGCCGAGGGGGAGCAUAUCCCAACCCUUCCGAAAGAUCUUAUUGAACAGGCAUACGCACGGGUCAAAUCACGACAUAAGAGCGUUGCGUAA